AUGUCGCCACCAGAAAAAUAUUCACUAAAUACCAAACAAAGCGGGGAAGCCUUGGAAUUAUUAAGUAAUUUAGAAAAUAAUUCAGUUAGUCUCGUGUUCCUAGACCCCCAAUAUGAACCCGUGCGGAAUGUUUUGCGGACUAAUUACCCUCUUUACUCUCAAUCAGACUAUCAGAUAUUAAGAAUAUUAGAGCAAGCGGAAAGAGUAUUAAAACCCUCAGCGUUUUUGGAUUUUCUGGUUUGGCAUAAAAAAAAUACUCUGGGAUUAGGGAAUUGGUUGCGUUCUAAUGCCGAAUUUUGUUUCCUAAUUCAGAAAUCACCGCAGAGCGGGAAAUUAUUUAAAAAUAGGUCGUUUGGUAAUGUCUGGGAGGAGAAUGUUUUGCCACCUAGUAAACGAAAGCAUCCGCACCAAAAACCAAGAGAGUUAAUCAAGUCUUUAAUUACCGCUACUACCGAAAAAGGAGACUUAAUUGUUGAUCCGUGUGCGGGUUCUUUUAUCGUGUUAGAAGUUUGUCAAGAAUUAGAAAGGGAGUUUUGUGGAUAUAUGAGACAUCAUGGUAAACAAACAAUAUCUCAAAUAUCAUCUAGUCCCGUGCCUACCAAGACUUUUACUAAAAAGCAAGAGCCUAGACCAGCGACUUUCCCAGAAGUAAAAUUGGAAAAUUACAAAAAAACAGAAGAAGUUAGAUAUUUAGAUAAUCAAGAAUUAAAAACAAAAAAGCCAACUGAAAAAGACUUCUUUAUUGGUUGUCCUGAUGAAGAUGGUGUUUCAAUAGAUGAAAAAGGAGUUUCGUUAAAAGCAAGAGACAUUGGGUGCGAUGGCUUUGAAGCGGGAGUGAUUUCUGCUGAAACAAAAGCGGGAAUUGAUUUGGAUAAUAGAGUUAGCAGUGAUCUUAGAGCAGGUACAGAAGGUGUUUCAGCCAAAGUUGGAAUAGGAACUGAUUUAGCAAGUGCAGAAGCAGAAACGGGGGUCAAAGCUAAUGUUGGCAUCAAAGCUGAUACUGGAUUUAAAGUUGAAGAUGAUGAGAUGGAAGCUGACUUAGGAGGUUUUGGAGUUAAAGUUGGUAAAGAAACGGGUGUUGAAACUCCCUUUGGAGGUUUUUCCGUUGACUUAGAAAAAUUAGGUACUAUUGCCAUUUUACUCCAAUUUAAAAAAAGCGGCAAAAUAGGGUCAACUAGUUUAAUCACUUUAAUAAUUUUCUUAAUAGUAGUCUUGUUUAUAUUAGGACCAAUUACUGUAAAAAACAUAAAAAUCUUAACUAGUAAAUGCCAAAGGUGUAAAGGUGAAUUAGAUAACAAAGAUAAGAGAAUAUAUGUUGGUGCUUUAACUCCUUGA